AUGGACUCGAAAGCACAGCCCUCCAAGAAGCCUUCGCUGCUCAGCCAGGCCAUGAAGCAGCAGGCGCAGCCCUCGAAGGGCUCCGUGGCGGAGACGAACGUGGACGACUUCGUCAUUCCCGAGCCCCACAACGCGGACCGCGCGUACGAGAUGGCUCGGUCGUACCUGGUGUCGCCCCAGGUCCUAACUGGCUCCGUGAUGCCAAGCAGCGUCGACGUCGCCUCCAGCAUCGCAAUGUCGCCCAAGGCCGUCGACCUGCGCAACAUGAUCAAGCCCGGCGGCACCACGAGCAACCGCGUCCGCGAGAACUCCGAACGCGGCCAGGAGAUCCGCCUGAAGCUGCUCAGGGAUUCGGUGAUCGUCUUCAUCACGGCGGGCUACAGCGGGAAGCGCUUCGUGUUCGAGCAGGCCAAGCGGCUGGGCGUGCGCACGGUGAUCGUGGAGAGCCCGGACUCGUGGAGCCGCAAGCUCGUCGACGAGGGCAUCAUCGAGAAGUUCGUCGCGAUCGACAUGGACGAGUCGGACACGCUCAUGCAGCGCAUCCUGGACCGGCUGAACGACGUGGCCAAGGAGCUCGGGCACAUCGACGGCAUCACGACCUUCUGCGAGAUGGCCGUCCCGCUCGUCUCGCGGCUCUCGGAGAUCUUCAACCUCCCGUGCAACCCGAAGGACGCCGUCGACGUGGCGCGCGACAAGCACAAGUUCCGCCGCGCGAUGGCCGACGCGGGCCUCCCGUCCCCGGCCUCGCACUCCAUCCACGGGCCCGAGGACCUCUCCGCCGCCGCGGACGUCGUCGGCUUCCCCGCGGUCAUCAAGCCCGUCGCCGGCGCGGCGUCGCUGGGCGUGGUCCGCGUGGACUCGCCCGAGGAGCUCCGCACGGCGUACGAGAAGGUCAUCAAGGAGAUGUGCUCGUACAAGGUGUCGUCGGGCGCGCUCGAGAAGGUCGAGGAGGAGAACCUCCCCGAGGCGGACCCCGCUGCGGGGCCGGCCAAGGCCAACAACGCCGCGUCGUGGAUCGACCUGACGAUGAUGAUGGAGGAGUACCUCGACGGCGAGGAGGUCGACGUCGACGUCGUCAUGGCCGAGGGCAAGGCCGUCUACGGCGCCAUCACGGACAACUGGCCCACCAUCGAGCCCUACUUCAACGAGACGGGCUCCAACUGCCCGUCGAUCCUGCCCUCGUACCAGCAGCGCGAGCUCCUCGAGCUCGCCGUGCAGGGCUGCAAGUCGCUCGGGCUGAAGCUCGGCGUCUUCCACGUGGAGGCCAAGUACACCUCGCGCGGCCCGCGGCUCAUCGAGAUCAACUGCCGCAUGGGCGGCGGGCCGGUGCACCUGACGAACCGGCUCGUGUGGGGCGUGGACCUCGUCGACGAGCACCUCAUGGCGUCCGUGGGCAUCCCCGUGCGGCCGCAGAUCGCCGAGAAGCCGCUGCGGUGCAUUGCGGAGUACAGCAUCAACGCGCCGCGGUCGGGGUACAUGGCGCACACGCGGUACAUGAACAAGUGGGUGGGGCACCCAAGCGUGCUGUACGCGCGGCCGCUGGUGAGCCAGGGCGACAAGGUGGUGUGCAAGGAGGAGGGCAUGCCCACGUGGGUGUGCGAGAUCAUGGUGUCGAUGCCGACGGUGCAGGAGGGGAUCGAGUUCGUCAAGGAGGUGGAGCGGGAGCUCGAGCUGCCCAUCGUGAGCAAGAAGCCCGUGAUCGAGAAGAAGUAG